AUGGUCUCCUUUUUACCGAUUCGCGGCUCGGUUCAUCGGUUUGUGGGUGCGUUUGAUGAUCCGGCGCUGGGCGCCGCAAGCUCGUUCAAUUACUGGCUGUUGGCGGUCACGUUCCUAUGCUUGGAAACCAAUGCACUUACAUCGGUGCUGCUAUUCUGGGUGGAUGAGUCCCAUGUCGCGAUGCUCAACAUCCUGAUCCCAUGCUUGUGCCUGUUCCUCUACUUUGUGCUCAACAUAUGGGAUGCCCGCCGGUUCGGUGAGGCUGAGUAUUGGGUCGGAUUGCUGACGAUCAUUACCGCGGUAGGUCUGCUGGUUAUUGCCAAUCCUCAUGGCGACUCAUUUGGGUUUCGCUAUUGA